AUGUUGUUCCCCUCAGCUUUGGCCCUCUUUCUCUUACUCAUCACAGUUUCUCCCAACCUUGCCAUCAUAAUCAACAAGGACAGGAGACCUCCUCAGACACUCUCAAGAGGAUGGGGACAUGACAUCACUUGGGUGCAGACAUAUGAGGAGGGUCUCUUUCAUUUUCAAAAAAGUAACAAGCCAUUGAUGGUUAUUCAUCACUUGGAGGAUUGUCAAUACUGCCAAGCAUUAAAAAACGUGUUUGCCCAAAAAAAAAUACAAACAAUGGCUCAGAAUAAUUUCAUCAUGCUGAAUCCCAUGCAUGAGACCACUGAUAAGAACUUAUCACCUGAUGGACAGUAUGUGCCUAGAAUCAUGUUUGUGGAUCCUUAUUUAACAGUCAGAGAUGAUAUAACUGGAAGAUAUUCCAACAGAUUGUAUACAUAUGAACCUCAGGACUUGCCACUGUGGAUAGAAAACAUGAAGAAAGCAUUAAAACUUACUCAAUCCGAGUUAUAA